GUGAUUGGAUGGUAACUCCCUGUCCUCCCCUUGUCCCUUCGGUAGCUGUCACUGGUUUGAGGCGGAAAAUACCAAGGUUCAUGAAAUUUAUGAAUGGGAGUUGCGGAGCAAUAAGUGUUCUGCCACUCGCAUGCAUGCAGAAGGUGGGAAUACGAUGGAGCCGUUGAGGAAGGUUAGCUGUUAAAUUCCUAUGUGAAAAUAAGCAACAAACCAUGGAUACUGAAGCCCAUGAAAAAAGAAAAAGUGACCUAGUGAUCACAAAUCCAAAGGCAGAUCUCAAGCAAUGCAGAGUGACUGUCAGCUCUGGAAAACAUUACUUAUGUGGCUAUUGUGCAGCAUUCACAAACAUAGCAAUUACUUAUCCCAUCCAGAAAGUGCUCUUUCGACAACAGCUUUAUGGAGUAAGAACCAGAGAUGCGAUUAGACAACUGCAAAAGGAUGGCAUACGGACCCUGUACCGUGGAAUACUUCCUCCCCUUAUGCAGAAAACCACAACACUUGCACUUAUGUUUGGCCUAUAUGAGGAUUUCUCAAGCCUCCUCCUUAGACACACUAAUUCCCCAGAGAUUGUUACACGCAGUGUAGCAGCCAUACUUGCCGGGACAACAGAAGCCCUACUCACUCCCUUUGAAAGAGUCCAGACUUUAUUACAGGACUACAAGCACCAUGAUAAAUUUACAAACACAUUUCAAGCUUUCAAAGUGCUCCGUCCCUACGGUAUUAGUGAAUAUUACCGUGGCGUAAUUCCCAUUUUGCUCAGAAAUGGGCCCAGCAAUGCCCUUUUUUUUGGCCUCCGUAACCCAAUCAAGCAGUGCCUGCCAGAAGCAAACACCUACAGUACUAACCUAAUCAAUGAUUUUAUUUGUGGCGGGCUGCUGGGAGCUAUGCUGGGAUUUUUGUUUUUCCCCGUUAAUGUGGUAAAAGCUCGAAUGCAGUCACAGAUCGGAGGGGAAUUUACAUCAUUUGGAAAGGUCCUUAUGACGAUAUGGACAGAAAGGGAUGGCAAGCUGACUCAUCUUUUUCGCGGUGCCCAUUUAAAUUAUCACCGCUCAAUUUUAUCCUGGGGUAUUAUUAAUGCCACUUAUGAACUGUUGUUAAAAUUAUUUUGAGGCUCUGUAUGUGAGAAUUGAAUUGGGAAAUCCUUUAUUUUUUUCUCCGUCUUGGGAUCAAUUAAGCCAUCACACCAAAUAUCAGAUUGCCAUGAAAAAAUGCUCUUGAAUGUAGCAGAACAAAGGAGUAAUUUUAGAAGUGGAAACCACAGAGGACUUUCAUUGAUUUUUCAACUUCAUUUGUGUUCACCUGUUCUUUAAAUGCUGGAAAAUGUUCUUUUAAUGGAUAUUGUCCCAACAUAAAGUGAUUUUUGUUGAUAUUCAAAA